AUGGCAGAUCCGUUGUCAAUUGCUGCCAGCAUCGCCGGUGUCAUCAGCCUAGCAGACAUCGUGUUCAUCCGGACGAGAAAAUACCUGAGUUCUGCAAAGAACGCUGACAAGGAGGUGACAGACCUUUCUCAGGAAGUCCUUCUGCUCAGUGGCGCUCUACAUAGCCUGUCCAGGCUGGCCCAGGCUCUUGACGCCGAUGGACUCAAGGAUCAGCAUAUCGACAACCUACGUAUGCAUCACAUCGCAGCGUGCCACGCCACCCUGGACGAAGUUUCGAAAAGGCUCAAGAAGCUUGAAGACAACGCAGCAAAGAGGAAACUGGUCUGGCCGUUCGUGUCCGAUCGGACCAAGGAGCUGUUGGCCGAAAUCUCUCGCCACAAGCAUAAUAUCGACCUCGCUCUCUCCGCAGACUCUCUGGGAACGCUACUUCAGAUUCUAUCUAAAACAGAGCAAGCGCAAGUAAACACGGAGGAACUGCUAGAGGAGGCAAAGAAGACUCGAGAGAUAAUCACUCGCAUUAACCAAGACUCCGGACGGAAGGCGAUUAUCGAUUACUUCCUCCCAUACAACCCACAGCAGAACUACGAAAUGAGUCUUUCCCUCCGUCAUCCAAGGACCGGCCUUUGGCUCACUCGCAAGCCGGAAUUUCAGACUUGGUUGGAGCAUCCUGAUUCGGCACUCUGGCUCAGCGGCAUUCCUGGGGCUGGUAAGACCGUGCUUGCUGGUACGAUCAUUGAAGAGGCCUUGAAGAGGAGUUCCGAUGAUACUGCUAUCGCAUUCUUCUUCUGCGACUACAAGAAUACCAAAACACAGACGUCUGUCAACGUUCUGUCUGCUCUCGCUUCGCAGCUUGCGAUCCAGAAAGAGGAGGCGUAUGGUUACCUCGAACGCUACUAUCGAGAGUUGCACCCUGAGAGAGCGUUGGAGCGACGCCCUGAUGUUUCGGACUUGCAAAGGAUCCUGAAAGACAUGGUCAAAUCGUUUGACCAUGUUUACGUCAUCGUCGAUGGCCUCGAUGAAUGUGGCGACAGCACUGACAAUGUUAUCGAAGACAUUCUGGACGUUAUAGAGUGUUCCGAUAACAUCUCCACGGCAUUACUCAGCAGAGACGAAUACAACAUCAGAGACCGACUCGAGGACGAUUUCACUGGGGUGGAGAUUGCAGCUCAUACAGAGGAUAUCACAGAAUAUGUCACUUCUGAAAUCGAGAAACGGAUCUCGAACAAGAGCUUGCGCAUCGACGACUUGAGUCUCAAGGGUGAGAUUCUAGAGCGUCUUAUCGAUGGCGCCAGGGGAAUGUUUCGCUGGGUCGCUUGCCAGUUGGACUUCCUCGGUGACUGCCUGUCUGACAAGGAAUGCCGUGAUGCUCUCGGUCAACUGCCUCCAGGCUUAAACGAAUCUUACAUGAGAAUCUUACAGCGUGUACCGCCAGGGAAAGAACGCACUGUGCAAAUGAUUCUCAACUUCGUUGCGUAUGCAGAUCCUGUGUUGGAUAUUCCGAUUCUGAGGGAAGCGCUUUCGGUGCCUGAGAGAGUUGGCAAGGACGACUCUUUAGAUCCGCAUUCAACUAUACACGAGGGCUCAAUUACGAGGCUAUGUCGGUCCUUUAUCCGCAAAUCCAACGAUGGCUACUUCUACGAAUUCGCACACUUCUCCGUCAAGGAAUUCCUCGAGGGAGAAAUGAUGUGCAUGCCAAAAUUUGAGGCUUUUCAGGUCUCGGAAAGCAUUUGUCAGCUUUUGUUGGCGAAGCAAUGCUUGAAGUACCUUCUCUUGCGGAACUUCUCAUUCCUUCCCGCGGGAGAGACUGAGUUGCAAAUUCACAUUGAGAUGAGGAUCAAGCAGCAUCCGUUCUACUUUUACGCUGCGGUAUGUUGGCCUGUCUUCGCCAGAACCCACUGGGUGGAUGAGGGCUUAGUCGAGCUCGCCAAAACUCUUUUUCAGCCAAAAAAGACUGGGAACUUUACAGCAUGGGCCCUUGAGCUUCUCAGCUAUGUUGCCCUGGAGUGUGAUCGAUCUUAUAGAGAUUUCUCGGUGACCACCAGACGUACCAUUCUCGACGAAGUUCACCUUCAACACAUCCUAAGGUUACUUCCUCAGGUGGUCGAUAAUACCUUCACAACCCUUCACAUGGCGGCAGCACUGUCGAUCACGGUCAUCUGCUCAACCUUGAUUGACAAGGGAUCGAAUAUCGAUCAGCAAAGUCACUUCGGUUGCCCAUUACAAUGUGCUGUACAAGGUCUGUUCCUGGCAGGUCAAAAUGAAGAUUAUGCGUGCCUAAUGCAUCCGUAUUUCGAGUGCGCCUACUGGCGCAGACAGCCAGACUUGCUCAAAUUCGGCAGAGAGAACACUAUGGCACUGCUUUUGAGGGCGGGUGCAGCUCAUGUCAGUGCCUGCUCAAGUCCUUUCAUGGGCCAGGCGUUGAUCGCGGUUGCAGUGAAGUUGGCAUUCUGGAUGGACAGCUUGGGUGCUAUCGGCAUUCUCGUUAAGGCUGGCUACGAGCUAGAAUAUAGUUCAAGCCAACUUACGAGUUUCAGGCAACAUUUGGUGGAUUGUGCGUGCUUCGGGGACGGUGGCGACGACAGAUACGGUCUUGAAAGCCUCAUUCUUUGCCUGGGUCCAAUGAUAGGCAAAUCCGCUGCUCAUUUUCGACUGUGUCAGGCAGUAUGGUCGCUUGGCAUUGAGCUGGGUUGCGAAUUUUCUCAAGACCCUUCCAUUGUUGACACAAGGAUAUCCCUCUCCGAGCAUGCCCUCACCACGGCAAUUAUUACAUCCAUCAGGAAUGCCGAUACCGACGCUCUCACUGAAGCGCUGAAAGACCCCAGGGUUGAUAUAGAGGCUCUUGCUGACGAUGUUAAUAAGAUCGUCUUUCAGGAUAAGUCGGUCGAGAUGAAUGGAGUGAGCCCUUCAGGUUGGCUGGCUGUGACGAAAAUCCUAUUUUCUGCUGGCGUGGAAUUUAACCAACCCAAUAAUGACGGGCUGCUGCCGGUCCACCAGUUGGCUAGGUGGAUGCGCGAUGACAGCCGUUACAAGUUCAGUUGGUCUGAGGCCAUCUGUGGUGCUAUCAGUGAGUUUGCGCGCAGAGGAAGGGGAUGCACUGCACGAUCUCGGGAGAACCAAAAUGUCUUCCAUCUUGGCUCAGGGUCCAUCAGGUUUACCGAGGCAGUCUUAGAGGCAGAGACGGAGGAAAACAUCCUGGCAGCUUUGAGGACCCGGGACAACCAAGGGCAUACGCCAAUAACGCUCGCACUUCAAUUGGGUCGGGAAGAGGCUGCCCUAAUCCUCAUGGAGAGGGGCAAUUGCGACCCCGAAACCUUAAGAGGUCCUGGCUCCGUUCACGCGCUUUGUGUGGCAGAGGGCGCACAUCGAGCAUUCAACUUUCUUCUAGAUGCGGGAAUUAGAUUACACAUCACCGACAGCAAGACAACUCUACUGCAUCAUUUGGGACCAAAAACAAGCAAGCAAUUCGCUCUUCAAUUGAUUCGGAUGUUCCCAGAUGGAUUGCGAUUCCGCGUUCAUGCCAGGCUUCCACUCAACGCCUAUCUUGGAAGCUGCAUUAAUAGCUGGUCUCCCGGCCUUGAUCUCGAUGUACUCCGUUUGCUCGCCGCCCCUGGACCGGAUGAACUUGAACGAGAAGAAAAGAAGCUGGUAUGGGAACACUUCGCACUGAGUAUCCAAAAUGUGAAACGUCCGAGAGAGGGGGAUGACGAUAUUCGGGAGGAGAUUACCGCAAACGUGAUUUUGAUCCUUUUGGAACUCGGGUUCUUUCAGAAUUACGAAGAGGUUACAAGUGUUUCCGGGCUACUGCCCUUGUUGAAACCUUUGCAAGAUGACCUUGCCGAUCUAUGGCCCAUUCCAAGCAGGACCAUCUACAGUCUACUGGGACAGACCAUCUUCUGGGAAUCUCUCAGCAAGUCUGUUGAGAUUUUGAGGCUCUUGAAAGCAGCUGUCACGUCUUGUAAUGUCAAGCUGGUUGAAUUGUUGCUCGAGAAUGGUGUGAGCGUACACCAGCGCAUCGACGAGAUGUCCGCUCUGGAAGUGGCAUGUCUCGAAUCCACCACGAGCCCCAGUUUUGAACCAGUUUUCACACUUCUCCUGGACCAUGCUGACGCGUCUCGCUUGAACGAGAUCAACCCGCAUGAGGACCAAAGAAAAAGCCUAGUCCAUUACUUGGUUGGGCGUGGAAAGCAAUGGCAACUUGAAGAGCUUCUGAAGCGAGGCGCCGAUGUCAAUCUUCGUACCAACGUUCAUGUUGAGGCACAGCCCGCCAUCGUGCAGCAUCUGUGGGAAGGAUCUCGAGGGUCGGCGAAGACUCUACUGGAUAUGGGAGCCAACCCGGCAAUGGCGGAUAGUCGUGGUAUGGAUACCGCGUUGACUGCUGCGGCUAUAGGCGAUAUGGACCUUCUCCUGCAUCUCCACACAACGGGAAGCCAAGACUGGCAGUUGAAUUGGAAGCAAACCUGCAGUGUAGAUUUCAGGGGAACCGGAUGUUUAGAGCCGUCCCUUUCCGGCUUGAACGCUCUACACAUGGCAGCACAGCCCGGUCAUUGUGACGUUUUGAGGUUCUAUCUUGACAAGGGUCUUCUAACGGACGUUAACGCUGUGUCCGUAGAAUUAUGGACUCCAAUGCAUCUUGCAGCACUUACCGGCCAGAUCGACACAGUCAAAUUCCUCUACUCCCGAGGUGGUGGUCUAAAUCUGAAGUCAGCCGAUGGUAGCUUGCCACUUCAUUUGGCCGUGCGGAAUGGACAUGUCGACGUCGUGAAUUUUCUCGUGGAGAAUGGAAGUGCCAUUGCUGCUGACAUGCAUGGACUGAGCCCCGUGGGAUACGCCAUACAACUGCAGAACACAUCGAUCAUUGAUUGUAUCCGCACGACAAAGCAGUACUUGGACUAUCAAUCCAAGCCCGAGGGGCGCAAGAAAGACCUUGUCUACGCGUACGAGCGCGCUUUAGAGUGCGGAGACGUCGAGGAAUGUGAGCUGUUACGCGGCCAGGGCUGUCCCAUCAACGUCGACUUGCCUAGUCAACCCGGCUGCUCUGCUUUGCUGUUGGCGAUUGAGGAUUCCAACGAGGAGCUUGUCACAUGGCUUCUGGACCAUGACGCAAAGAUCACCGGCCAGACGCUCGAGGAAUAUGGGACUGUGGUCUCACCCCUUGCGGCUAUGAUCAUGCGGCCAGCGCUGAACAAUGUACUGCCCCUCACCCUGCAGAAAUACCAAAGCCAAGGAGGCUCGGUGACUGCCGAAAGUCCAAGCUUGAUCUGCAUUGCCAUCCAGUAUAACAACAAUUUUGGACUGAGACUCCUCCUGGACUAUAUUGUAGAACAUGAAAUCACGAAGCCCAGCAUACGAAUUACCGAGGAUAAAUAUCACAGCUGGUCGGCCAUCCAGCUUGCAAGUGUCAGUGAGGUGUUCAGUUCAUUCCUUUUGAGCAACAAGUCUGCAAUCGACGAAAUAGAUGCGAUAGAGUAUGGAGUCCCCGGGUGGUUCUUGGGCUGGGGUCCAGCAUGGCUCAAGAAACAUUUCAAUAUGUACCGCCGACGGAUCGGUCUGGAGAGUUUACGUGCGUUGGCCAAUCUGGAGCCUGCGGAUUCAUGGAGCCCCUUGUGCAUCACGGCUUCGAUAGGUCAGACGUUAGCGAUGACCAAUAUUCUUCGGCUGGGUGCUGAUGUGGACUUUGAAGGGUCUCCGUCUGGCUCUGCUCUGAUGGCGGCAUGCAGUUCGGGGCACGUGGAGUCUGUCAAGAUCCUAGUUCGACAUGGAGCCGCCAUAUCGUACCUUGGGCAAGAUGGGAUCCGGUCAGCUGUUGAUAUCGCUAGGAAUCACAGAGUCAUACUGGCUUGGUUGCUGGUGGAUCGUUUCACAGAACAGGGGAAACUCUCAGAUCCAGCGGAUGGCGACUCAGCAGCUCACUCCGCUGAAGAUGUGAAACCUUGGAGUGGGAUUGUGAAGAAAGCACUGAUCAUCAUGGGCACAGCGGAGAGGCAAGUUCACGAGUCGGCCUGGGGCUACUGGGUCCGUCUCAUGGCUGUGAGGAAGGAGUGGCAAGGGAAGGUCGUCGACCAAAACAAGCUCGCACAAACACAUCGUCCAUCACGACUGAUCCCGGAUGAGCCCGUGCGAGUCUGUCCAGGAGAUUACGGAACUCCCAAAGAAGAGAGCUGA